CUUUGAGAAGAGCUGUUAGUAGCUGCACUGUAGGAAAACACCAAACAACAAAAUGAAGAUGAAGCUUUUCCUUGGCAUUUUCAUCAUUUCUACCUAUAUUUCCAGAGUUGAGCCCCAGUCGUUCACGAUCCAGGCCGAGCACAGUCGGAUUAACGCGAGUGUCGGAGAAACGGCAUACUUUUCAGUGAAACCAUCACGUCCUAUGAAAAAUGGGAACUGGGAUUUCAAAGGCAAAAGUAUUGGGCUGUGGAUCGGUUCAUCUGUUUCUAUAAGUAACGACUACAAGUCCCGUGCUGAGAUAUUUUUGCCCAAUGGAUCACUCCUGCUGAAAUCGCUGACGUCCUCAGACAGUGGGAAGUACACUGUUACCAUGGUCCCUGCAGUGGGUGGUCCAGCAUCAGCGACCCUCACCCUGCAUGUAAUUGGUAAGCCCCAAGAGUUGCUGAUCCAGCCCGAACACAGUUGGAUUAAUGUGAAUGUUGGAGAAACCGCACUUUUUUCAGUGAGCCCAUCUCUUACUGUGAAGUCUGGAAACUGGGCAUUCGAUGGAAAAAGUAUCGGGUUGUGGAUCGGUUCAUCUGUUUCUCUAAGAAAACAAUAUGAAUCGCGUGCUGACAUUUUAUUGCCAAAUGGAUCACUUGUGCUGAAAUCACUGAUGUCCUCUGACAGUGGGCAGUACACUGUUAACAUGGUCUCUGAUGUGGGCGGCCCAGCAUCAGCGACCCUCACCCUGCAUGUAUGUGUGCCGCUGAUCCAGACCGAACAUAGGUGGAUUAAUACGAGUAUUGGAGAAACCGCAUUGUUUUCAGUGAAACCAUCAGCUGCAGUGAAGAAUGGGCAUUGGAACUUCAAUGGGACGAUUAUUGCACUUUGGAUCAAUUCAUCUUUUUUUCUAAGUAAUGAAUAUAAAUCACGUGCUGAGAUUUUACUGCCAAAUGGAUCACUUCUGCUGAAGUCAGUGACCAUUUUAGACAGUGGGGAGUACACUGUUACCAUGGUCCCUGAAGUGGGCGACCAAGCAUCAGCGACCCUCACCCUGCAUGUACUUGUUGAGCCCCAGACGUUCACAAUCCAGGCCGAAAACAGGAUUAAUGUGAGUGUCGGAGGAACGGCGAACUUUUCAGUGAAACCAUCACGUUCUGUGAAGAAUGGGAACUGGGAUUUCAACGGCAAAAGUAUUGGGCUGUGGAUCGGUUCAUCUGCUUCUGUAAGUAACGAGUACAAGUCCCGUGCUGAGAUAUUAACGCCCAAUGGAUCACUCCUGCUGAAAUCGCUGACGUUCUCAGACUGUGGGAAAUACACUGUUACCAUGGUCCCUGAAGAAGGCGAGCAAGCAUCAGCGACCGUCACCCUGCAUGUACUUGAUCAAUUAAAUUCCAGGGAUAAUAUCAGUGAUGGUGCCAUAGCAGGCAUCGUGAUUGCUGUUCUUCUUUGUCUGGGUUUUAUCAUAGCUAUCACUGCAUGGUUAAUCAAAAGGAAAUCGGAAGGCACACUGGCAAAAUUGUAUGCAUUGCUGCCUCAAGGGCAUAGGUUUGCUUUGAGUCUUGGGCGAUUGUCUGUGUGA